UCCAGCUAAACAGGUUCUGGACCUAAUGCGCAGGCAUGCUACUAGUACUUCCAUGACAAUCCAUCUCAGGCCUUCAUAUCUGAUACAGGAAAUCCUUCCUUUGGGUUUUCAUAUGUGAGGGCCUAAAAAUUGGCCAAAUAUCCUAUAGGUGGUGGCCAUGGCACUAGAAGUAUACUGGUAUGAUUUUGUUUGUUUUGGCAUUGUUGGAGUUGCCUUCUGUGGCGCCUUGUGGGUGCUACGUAGGAAGGAAGGUGGCUCAAAAUGCGAUGAUAACACCAUAUAUGAGAGCCUUCUGCUGGCUAGACCGGGCAAUGAUGUCUAUGUGAGUGCUCUCCCAAAGGGUCAUGUGAGCACCUCCCAGCUAUGGACCAGUUGUUGGCGAGGGAUGCACCCCAGAUGGCUCUUGGCUACGCGAUUCAUAUCCUUUCUGAUUAUGACUGGGUUUCUGGCAUGGGAUGUUGUGGACUGGGAUGCAACCAUCUUUGUUUACUAUACUGAGUGGACAUUUGCAUUAGUUAUGGUCUACUUUGCACUUGGGACCAUUUUAUCUGCAUAUGGAUGUUGGCUAUCCUCACAAACACCUCCUUCUGAAAAUGGGGCGAGCGCUGAGUUUUUGAGAAGGGAUUUGGAAGAGAGUAGAACAACAAACUUUAAUACUUACAGGGAAAGAGAGAUCAAGGGUACCAUCAAGCCGCAAAGCCACUAUACUGAAGAGGAGAUACAGCAAAGAGCAGGAUUUUGGGGAUAUUUAAUGCAAACAGCAUAUCAGACUUGUGGAGGUGCUGUUAUACUUACAGACAUUGUAUUUUGGGGUGUAAUUGUCCCCUUUUUAUCAGAUGCACAUCUUGGUUUAAACAUGUUGAUGGGUUGCAUGCAUACUUUGAAUGCUGUUUUCCUUCUUGUGGAUACCUCACUUAAUAGCCUUCCAUUUCCUUGGUUCCGGCUUGCAUAUUUUGUGAUCUGGAGCUGCCUGUAUGUAAUUUUCCAAUGGGUGAUUCACGCCUGUGGUUUUACAUGGUGGCCAUAUCCUUUCCUCGAGCUGGAUACACCUUGGGCUCCUUUAUGGUAUUUUUGCAUGGCUGUUGUUCACAUCCCCUGUUAUGGGAUAUAUGCACUGAUCAUCAAAGCCAAAAAUUCAAUUCUCCCCAGAUUGUUCCCCCAUGCUUUUAUUAGGUCACGUUAGUUUCUUGUUUUCCUCCAUAAUUGAGAAGUGUUAUUGAAGGUGGUUUUCAAGUUGAUUUGAUGCUUGUGUAUAUAAAGAGGGGAUGGGGGGCUCAUACCCAGCCCUUCUAUAAACUGGGAUUCAUAUAUGCUUCUGGACAAAUUACAUUUGAACUAUUGCAACCUCUUCAUCCGGAA